AUGCGAAAUGGCGACGAUGUGGCUCACCUGGCUCGAGAAGUGCGAAACCUGAGGGAGCAAAUGGAAGGUAGGACCAAGUCCCCUGGACGAACGUUGCUCACUGCCUUGCCUUUCUCCACCGAGAUCAUGUCUUACAAAGUACCCGGCGACUUCAAGUUCCCGAAACAGGCUACCUUCGACGGAUUCGGCGACCCGCGGGAGCACCUUUUAAGCUAUCAGGCUAAGAUGCAUGUUUUAGGAGUCCGAGACCCUGUCAUGUGUCGCGCUUUCCUACCGACACUAAAGGGCCCGACACAAAGAUGGUUGGUGGCUCUGCCCCCGGGAUCGAUACACAACUUCGAGGAGCUAGCCGACCGCUUCACGAGCCACUACGCGGCCAACAUCAAGCCACAAAAAGAUCUGACUCAUCUGGGAGACAUUCAUCAAGAGGAGGGCGAAUCCCUCAAGACCUACUUGGCCCGAUGGCAAAAAGAGAUCCAGUCUAUCGAGGAAGUUGAGGACCAAACCGCCCUCACCUUCUUCAUCGAAUCUUUACGAUCCGGGCAGCUGUAUCGUGAUUUACGGGACAACCGGCCGGCCACUUAUGCGGAGGCCAUACAUAUGGCUAACAAACGAGCAACCACGGAGCAGGCCAUGAAGCACAAGCGACAGCGUGAGAUCAGGGGAUCUGCUAAUGGAAAGAGAACCCGACCUGAAGCACGAUGCCCAUAUGAUAAGCCCAGCAUCCACCCUUAUAGGCCGACUCCCCAGCACCCAGUACAGGAAGUGCGAGCAGUCGCACCUCCUCGGCCUCCCCCGACCGAGGAGCAUACAACGAACGAAGAUCCAGGUAAAGUGCCUAAAUAUUGCCGUUAUCAUAAGUCAUACACCCACAACACGGAAGAAUGUUAUUACUUGAAGAAGAUCAUGGAGGGGAUCAUCCAGCAAGGGACUCCGCCUCCCAACCAAUGGCGACGAAGAUCGGCAGCCCGGGAAGACGGCGACUCUGCAGGAGCAGCCGAAUGCAGUCGCAGCAAGCAGCCGACGACCGACGAAGACGAGGCCCAGUGGCGACAGAAGCCGGUUAUCAAUAUGAUAGUCGGCGGACCAGAGGGAGGCGACUCGGCGAACACCAGGAAAGCCUGGGCCCGGCAAUUGUAUGUAGGAACAGUGUACGGACGAGAAGGUGGCUCGAAGAAAGCCUGCCGAGAGCCUAUUGUCUUCACUGACAAGUAUCUACCCACGGGGGAGACACCACACCGCGAUGAACUGGUCAUCGCGAUGGACGUAAACGGGGUAGUUGUUCGACGAAUCCUGGUAGAUACCGGGGGUAGUGUCAACGUCUUGUACCUCGAGACCUUCACCAAAAUGGGGCUAACACGAGAGCAGUUGAUCCCUGUCAAGACGCCCCUCGCCGGCUUCACGGGCGACUCAGUGGAGGCGGAAGGGUCAAUCACCCUGCUAGUAGAAAUCGGUAGCUACCCUGACGUGCAGAAGCUGGACAUGAAGUUUAUUGUGGUCAACCUAACCUGUUCACACAACGCAAUACUUGGCCGCCCAGGCUUGGAAGAUUUGGGAGCAUUGAUCUCCAUUGAGCAUCUCAGCUUGAAGUUCCGCACGCCGAAUGGGAUUGGCACGGUCAGCUGUGACAGAAGAAUCACCCGUGACUGCUAUUUGCAAGCUUGCAGGGGCAUGGGGAAGCGUGAAAUGUAG